CGAUCACUGUUGCUGGUAAAGUUUUUACCCCUUUGAGAAGUGGAAUGGACAGAAAUAUUCAUACUGCAAAAUAAUGCGCAGGCGAAACUCGUUCUAUAAGAAAAUUAAUUUCUUAAUAUUAGUAUACUAGCUCCAGCCAGGUAAAAAUAAUUAGAAAAGCGGUCUUUUUCACUUUGAUCUAUGAUCAGUUCGGUGUGUGUUUCGUCUUACCGUGGGCGCAAGUCUGGCAAUAAACCCCCGUCAAAAACAUGCCUGAAAGAAGACAUGUCCAGGGCAGAAGACUCGGACAAGAUAGUCAUCAACGUAGGCGGCAUGCGGCACGAGACGUACCGGAGCACGCUGCGCACCCUGCCGGGCACGCGCCUGGCCUGGCUGGUAGAACCCGAGUCCAGGGGCAGCCCCGACGUGGACGCGGACCAGACCCCCGCGAGCGAGUUCUUCUUCGACCGUCACCCGGGGAUAUUCGCGUAUGUGUUGAACUAUUACAGAACGGGAAAGCUGCACUGCCCCGCCGACGUAUGCGGCCCCCUGUUCGAGGAGGAGCUCGCCUUUUGGGGGAUAGACGAGACGGACGUAGAGCCCUGUUGCUGGAUGACGUACCGGCAGCACAGGGACGCCGAGGAGGCGCUGGACAUUUUCGAACCGCCCGAUCAGGAGGAGGACGAGGACAGAGAGCUGCCCAGACGCUUCGGCAUCGAGGACUGCUCAGAUAGAUCCCGCGGGUGCUACGAAGUCUGGCAACCAAAGAUAUGGGCUCUUUUUGAAGACCCGUACUCAUCCAGAGCAGCAAGGGCCAUUGCAUUUGUAUCCCUUUUCUUUAUCCUGGUUUCCAUCACUACGUUCUGCCUGGAGACCCAUCAAGCUUUCAACUUCCCGCAGAACCGCACAAAACCUGUUAUGGUGGGGAAUGUGACCAAGGAGGAAACAGUCUUAGAGGUGGUGACCUCACCUGAGUUAACUAUGGUAGAGGGUGUCUGUGUGGUGUGGUUCACCUUUGAGUUCCUGGUGCGUAUUAUCUUUUGCCCUGACAAGCUACUUUUCGUCAAGAACAUGCUGAAUAUUAUUGACUUUGUAGCCAUCCUGCCCUUUUAUCUGGAAGUCGGGCUGAGCAGCCUUUCCUCUAAAGCAGCUAGUGAUGUGCUGGGCUUCCUGCGAGUGGUCCGUUUUGUACGAAUCCUACGAAUCUUCAAGCUGACCCGUCACUUCGUCGGGCUGCGUGUCUUAGGUCACACACUACGAGCCAGUGUCAAUGAGUUUUGCCUUCUCAUCAUUUUCUUGGCACUGGGAGUCCUCAUCUUUGCAACUAUGAUCUACUAUGCUGAGCGGAUUGGUGCAAACCCAGAUGAUCCCACUGCCACUAACCACACCCACUUCAAAAACAUUCCUAUCAGUUUCUGGUGGGCUGUGGUGACCAUGACAACUCUGGGCUAUGGAGAUAUGUACCCCAAGACCUGGUUGGGAAUGAUGGUGGGGGCUUUGUGUGCACUUGCUGGUGUGCUAACCAUUGCCAUGCCUGUACCUGUAAUUGUCAACAACUUUGGAAUGUACUACUCUCUGGCAAUGGCCAAGCAGAAGUUGCCCAAAAGGAAGAAGAAGCACAACCCCAACCCAGAUACAAUGACAGACUCACCUUCUUUUGGGAAGUCAUUGAACAGUUCCCCACGGGAGAGCACCCAAAGUGACACAUGCCCAUUGGCAGCUGAAGACAGCACAGGUCAAAGCCAUGCAGGCUCCAAGCAGAAUGGUGAUGCCAGUGUGGUGCUGUGUGAAGAGGAGGGCUGCAGCCCUACACAGCCUCUUUCCCCAAGUGAGAAGUGGUCGCUGCACCACUCUCGGUCCCGUGCAUGUGUCCAGGAAAAAUCCAAGAAGGAGGCCACCUGCUUCCUGCUGACAUCCAGCGAUUUUACUUGUACCACUGAUGCCAUCAUCCGCUCAGAUCGGAUGCUGAUAUAAGACAGGAAUCUGACAAUUUUGCCUGUUGAGCCAUGAAAGGAAGAGAAGGAAACUCACUUGGCUGUAGCCUGCUUAGUCCUGCCCAAGGCAACAGCUACAAACUCAUGUUCCAAGAACCCAGUUAGACCAUUACUGUAGACUACUAGCUUUCUAAGUUUUGAAUGUGGAUCUAACUCUAAGGGUUUUGAAAACACACCACAGGAAAGGAAAUAAAGUUGAUUUGGCAAAAUAAAUACAUAAACAAAAU